AUGUCGUGGCUCUCCGUCUGCAUCAAGAGAAGCGGCCUCUCCUUGCCCUCGCGACUAUCCAUCACCGUCACGGCAACAGCAGCAGCAGCGAGGCGGGGCUUUGCGACCAGCAGCAACAACACCAACCCCUCAUCUUCCUCAUCCUCCGCCUCCGCCUCCAUCACCACCACCACCACCAUCAUGGCGGCCACGCAACGCGACCCCACGACCACCUCCAACUACGGAGCAUGGCGCACCAAGCACACCACCGUCGACUUCAAGCUCGACUUUGACGCCAAGCGCCUCAAGGGCUCCGUGAUCCUGCAGCUCGAGAGCCAGACGGACCGCCAGAGCAGCGAGGUCGUCCUCGACACGCGCUUCGUCCACGUCUCGUCCGUCAAUGUCAACGCCAAGGAGUCCAAGUGGGAGCUGAAGCCGCACUCGGACCCCUUUGGCGCGCCCCUGCACGUCUCCGUCCCCGAGGGUGCCCCCAAGGGCGAGCUCAUUGACGUCGCCAUCGACCUCGAGACAACGGACAAGUGCACCGCCCUGCAGUGGCUCACCCCUGCCCAGACGUCCAACAAGAAGCACCCGUACAUGUUCUCGCAGUGCCAGGCCAUCAACGCCCGCUCCAUCUUCCCCUGCCAGGACACUCCCGAUGUCAAGUCCACCUUUACCUUUAAGCUCACCUCGAGCCUCCCUGUGGUUGCCUCUGGCGUCCCCGUCGGAGACCACACGGCCACGCCGGGCACCGAGAAGCUCUAUCACUUUGAGCAAAAGGUCCCCAUCCCGUCUUACCUCUUUGCCGUUGCCUCGGGAGAUAUCGUCUCCGCGCGCAUUGGCUCGCAGAGCGUCGUCGUGACUGGUCCCGAGGAGGUGGAGGCGUGCAAGUGGGAGCUCGAGGAGAGCAUGGAUAAGUUCAUGGACGUCGCCAACAAGCUCAUCUUCCCGUACAAGUGGGGAGAGUACAACGUCCUGAUUCUGCCCCCCAGCUUCCCGUACGGAGGCAUGGAGAACCCCAUUUACACCUUUGCCACGCCGACCAUCAUCAGCGGCGAUCGCCAGAACGUGGAUGUCAUCGCCCACGAGCUGAGCCACAGCUGGAGCGGCAACUUGGUCUCCAACGCCAGCUGGGAGCAUUUCUGGCUCAACGAGGGCUGGACCGUGUAUCUCGAGCGCCGCAUCCAGGCCGCCAUCCACGGAGAGCCCGAGUUUCACUUCUCCUCCAUCAUCGGCUGGAAGGGCCUCGAGGAUGCCGUUGAGCUGUUUGGCAAGGACCACGAAUACACCAAGCUCAUCAUCAGCCACAAGAACGUUGACCCCGAGGACGUCUACAGCCAGGUCGCGUACGAGAAGGGCUUCCACUUCCUGUACUACCUGGACCGCCUCGUCGGUCGGGAGAACUUUGACAGGUUCAUUCCCCACUACUUCACCAAGUGGUCGGGCAAGUCGCUGGAUUCCUUUGAGUUCCGCGAGACCUUUAUGGACUUCUUCAAUGGCCUCGGAGACGAGGAGCUCAAGAAGAAGGUUGCCACGAUUGACUGGGAGGCCAGGCUGUACACUCCUGGUCUGCCCCCGAAGCCCGACUUCGACACGACCCUCGUCACCCUGUGCUACGACCUGGCCAAGAAGUGGGAGGAUGCUUCGUUCGAGCCCAGCGCCAAGGACGUCGAGUCCUUCUCCAGCAACCAGAAGCUCGUCUUCCUCGACCAGGUGGAGCAGCACGCGUCGCUGAGCGCCGAGCGCGCCCAGCUCAUGGGCAAGGUGUACGACUUCAUCUCGUCCAGGAACGCCGAGAUCAAGACGUCGUACUACCUCGUGGCGCUCAAGGCCAACGACCCGACGUGCGUCUACGGGGCCGCCGAGCUUCUCGGCACCGUCGGCCGCAUGAAGUACGUGCGACCGCUCUUCCGCGCCCUCAACAAGGUGGACCGGAAGCUCGCGCUGGAGACGUUUGCCAAGAACAGGGACUUCUACCACCCCAUCUGCAGGGGCAUGGUGCAAAAGGAUCUGGGGAUCCAGGAGUAG